AUGUUACUGAACCCUCCCUCUCGCAGAGGAUCGUACAGCAUUCCCAUUUAUAUCAACCUCCAGAGCGCUCGUCGAAGACAGGGCAGGGAGCUCAUGUCUUCAUUCUCUGCGAAGGAGGCUAGGAACAAAGGCGAGAGAGCGAAGGCCCAGGCCACCGUGUCCAGCGUGGGUGAGGACAGGGCCACCCUCCUGGGGCUCUCCAUGGUUGGAUUCGCUGUGCUCAUGUACUUCCUGUUUGGAAUCAUUCUGGUCCAUCCCUAUCUGCAAAGCAAGUGGACUGAGGAGUCGAACUGCACAACAAACGAGACAGAAAUUCUGUUAGAAUGGGCAGACACUGCUGGGCAGUCCAACUACCCCUGUCUGCGAGUCUCUGUGAAUCUGUCCAAUUCCGGGCAGAUGGCUGAGCUUUACUACAAUGAGGACAUCAUCCACCAAAACCCCAAGUGCUUUUACAUCCCCAAACACAGACAAAACAAGAGUGACCUUGUCGCAGAGGUUGACCGAAUUCAGAGGUACUUGCUGGAGAACUGCAGUUUGUACACAUGUUACUCCAGCCCCGAAGAAUACCCUGGAGAAGCCAUCUUGAAAAGGAAGUACAAUGGGUGGCUUGUGCUGUGGUAUAUGUCCUGGCCUAGUCUGAUGUUGGCCGGGGGUGUAAUGACCAUCAGCCUGGUGAAGCUUACUCAGCGGCUGUCCCAAAUGUGCGCACAGCUCAGCACUCAGGGGUCAGAGAGUGCGGACUAA